AUGAGGAACUUUUUGGUUGUUUGCUGCUUUAUUGCUGGCGCUCUGGGCCAGACUGCAUUUUAUCCCGUAACGCCCGGCGAGCGCGUACAGCUUGACAUCCCCGACGCCAAGUCCUAUAAAAGAACGCUCCGAUCGGGUGGUGAACAACUCUUCAAAAUCUGUCCUAAUGAAGAUGACUUGAGCCCGAAAUGCACGCAUUGGACACAGAACGGAAAGCUACUGUCAACUACAUCAAAAGUCAGAGGUUUUAAAAAUGGGACUCUGGUCAUCGAGAAGGUGGCGGCAAGCGAUUUGGGGAGCUAUUGGAGCCCGGAAGUUGAGAUGAUUGUUAAAGAGCGCUUCCCCGAUGGAUCGCCAAAAAUUGCCGUUAAUGGACCAGUGAUAACCCUCCUUCUAAAAGAAAAU